CGUCUAGCGACUACUGACAGAAGAGCUCGCUCUCUCACACAGCAGCGCCCUGUGUAGGCAGAAAAAGCAUUUGCUGUGUUGAAAGGAGCUUCAUUUAAAUCAUGGAGGAGAAACACAUCAUUAAUUUUAGCCCUGGACCUGCAAAACUACCUCAGUCUGUGCUGUUUCAAGCACAGAAAGAGCUUCUGGACUACAGUGGAUUAGGUUUCAGUGUUCUUGAGAUGAGUCACCGAUCAUCAGACUUCAACAAAAUCCUCAACAAGGCAGAAAGUCUCCUGCGGGAGUUGCUGAAUAUCCCCGACAACUACAAGGUCCUGUUCCUGCAGGGCGGCGGGUCUGGACAGUUCAGCGCAGUUCCUCUCAACCUGAUUGGCCUGAAAGAGGACAGGUGUGCCGAUUACCUGGUGACCGGCACGUGGUCGUCAAAAGCUGCGAAAGAAGCAGAGAAAUACGGCAAAGUCAACAUCGUUCACCCAAAGUUGGAUAGUUACACAAGAAUUCCCGACCCCAGCACCUGGACCCUGAACCCUUCAGCCUCCUAUGUGUACUACUGCUGCAACGAGACGGUUCAUGGUGUGGAGUACAACUUCACACCUGAAACAAACGGGGUGGUUCUCGUCUCUGACAUGUCCUCCAACUUCCUGUCCCGUCCUGUGGACGUAUCGAAGUUUGGGCUCAUUUUUGCCGGGGCUCAGAAGAACGUUGGAUGUGCCGGAGUCACGGUGGUCAUCGUACGUGAGGACUUAUUGGGUCACACUCAGAAGGAGUGCCCCAUCGUCCUGGACUACAAGGUGCAGGCUGAAAUGAACUCCCUCUACAACACACCGCCGUGUUUCAGCAUCUACAUCAUGGCUCUGGUUCUGGAGUGGAUCAAGAACAAUGGAGGCAGCGCYGCCAUGGAGACGCUCAACAAGCAGAAAUCCUCCAUGAUUUACGACAUCAUCGACUCAUCGAAUGGUUUUUAUGUGUGUCCUGUGGACAAGUCCUGUCGAAGCCGCAUGAAUUUACCUUUCCGUGUGGGAAAGAAAGAAGGAGAUGAAGCUCUGGAAAAGAAGUUUCUGGAAGGCGCCUCCAAACGUGGGAUGAUUUCCCUCAAAGGACACAGGUCAGUUGGAGGAAUCCGUGCGUCUCUGUACAACGCUGUGACGCUGGAAGAUACCGAAGCCCUCGCUGGCUACAUGAGGGAGUUCCUUAAAGAGCACCAAUAAAACCAGCUGAACUGAACUACACAGGCUGUUUCCAUUUAAUCAAUGUGGGAUUUAUUUAAAAAUAAAGGUUUGAGACUUUUCAACAGUCAGUUCUUAUUCCAKUUCAGCUAAAACCACUCCUGACUGUGUCUUAUGUUUUAUUUAGAAUUACUCUAAAAAUAUAUUUGAUUAAUAUUUUAUAUGUGCAUACUUCAGUAGUUUUUGUUUACAUUACAAUAAAACACAUAAAAAUGCCCGUUUCAUGGCUUGAAGUAUGUUUAUAGUCAGUGUUUAGAGAAAUCUGUGCAGUCAUUGGUGACUUUAUCAUUUUUAUUAUUAUUAGCUGCAAUAAUAGUCAAACUUGCAGACAAGUUGAUGGUUUUGGUUUAUUUUUUUCAUGCUUUUGAACAUUUGAUGAUCUUUCUGUAGUUUAACGUUACACGAGUCAAAUUAUCUCAGAAMAAAUCAGCUGUUUCAAGAGAAACAACCCUCUGCCUUUUGACCUUUUGAGGUUGUCAUUUUGCUGCAGAAAGAAACUGAAUAAAAUGUACAGCUGYAUCAUUUCUGGUCCAUCAGAGACACAUUUCCAUCACAAAAUCCAAUAAAAAUGUAUGUUUCAGA